AAGGGGGUUUGUUUUUUCUCUCUGGUCUUUGCCUUCAAGAGAUAAAGAGAGAGAGGAGAGAGGAGAGAGGAGAGAGGAGAGAGAGAGCAGCUCACAGCGUUGUCUACGGUUUGGUGGCGUCAGAUGAGCUUUGAUUAAUUCAAUUUCUAGGGUUUUAUUUUGCGUAAUUGGAGUGUUGGAAAAUGGUGGAGGGUCCGAAAUUCACUGGAAUUAUUGGCGGAGGGGGGAAUCACAACCAUGAUAACAAUUACUUUGAUUUCACUCAAGGCUUCUAUCAGAAACUUGGGGAGGACUCCAACAUGUCUAUUGACAGUUUGCAGACCAGUAAUGCUGGCUUGUCCGUGUCGAUGUCUGUGGACAACAGUAGCGUUGGGUCCAAUGAUUCUCUUACCCAUAUCCUAAACCACCCCGGUCUGAAGCCUGUGGCUACCCACAAUUAUUCUGUGGGGCACAGCGUCCUUCGUCCCGGGAAAGGUAAGGUCACCCAUGCUCUGAAUGAAGACGCACUUGCUCGAGCUUUGAUGGAUACUAGGUACCCAACUGAGGGUUUGGAGAAUUAUGAUGAAUGGACCAUUGAUUUGCGCAAGCUCAACAUGGGGACGGCUUUUGCUCAAGGGGCUUUUGGGAAGUUAUACAGGGGAGAGUAUAAUGGGGACGAUGUGGCGAUUAAGAUUUUGGAAAGGCCGGAGAAUAGUCCUGAGAGGGCGCAGGUGAUGGAGCAGCAAUUCCAGCAAGAAGUGAUGAUGCUUGCGACACUGAAACACCCCAAUAUUGUGAGGUUUAUUGGGGCAUGCCGUAAGCCCCUUGCUUGGUGCAUUGUGACUGAAUAUGCCAAGGGAGGGUCAGUUCGGCAGUUCUUGAUGAGGAGGCAGAAUAGGUCUGUGCCGCUGAAAUUGGCUGUCAAGCAGGCAUUGGAUGUUGCAAGGGGGAUGGCAUAUGUGCAUGGACUCGGGUUCAUCCACAGGGACCUGAAGUCAGAUAACCUCUUGAUUGCUGCUGAUAAAUCCAUUAAGAUUGCUGAUUUUGGUGUUGCCCGGAUUGAGGUGCAAACCGAAGGAAUGACACCAGAGACAGGGACGUAUCGCUGGAUGGCCCCAGAGAUGAUCCAGCACAGGCCAUACACUCAGAAGGUAGAUGUCUACAGCUUUGGAAUUGUCCUGUGGGAGCUCAUAACAGGCUUGCUUCCCUUCCAGAACAUGACUGCAGUGCAGGCAGCCUUUGCUGUGGUGAACAAGGGAGUGAGGCCAAUUAUCCCAAGCGACUGUCUUCCUGUUCUAAGCGAUAUCAUGACCCGCUGCUGGGACGCCAAUCCUGAAGUGCGUCCUCCCUUCACUGAGGUUGUCAGGAUGCUUGAGAAUGCAGAAAUUGAGAUCAUGACAACUGUGCGGAAGGCACGCUUUAGGUGCUGCAUGACCCAGCCUAUGACAACCGACUGAUCCAGAGAAUAGAGGACAGAAGAACAGAUAUUACUAAAGAUUAAAAGAAAAAAAAAAGGGAUAUAAAUGAAAACUGAAAAGGAGAAAAAGGAGUAAGAAUGUUAAUUAUCAGUGUUUUUGUGUAUUUAUCAGUAUUUUCUUUGGGUAAGAUAGGGAAAAAGAUGACCAUAAAAACACUUGGGCUUGUUUCUGGGUUUGGUAUCUUUUGAAUUGAACUAGUGGUGUUGAAGGUGUAAUAGUUGUAAUUGUAGUUGUAGAGGAGCAUUGGUAUGUAUCUUCCCUAUCUUCUAGUAAUAUAUAUUUGGACCCCCUGUAUUUUCUGCUGUUGGAUUUCUUAACCAAAGGCAGGUUUCCUUCUAUUGCAUUAAUUUUCUUCC